AUGGCCCUGCAAGAGAGAGAAACCAGCAGCAGCGCCAGCGAUGACAAGCAAGAACAGAACAGUAGUCGUGUCAUUACAAUUGUCUUCCUGGCACUCUUCAUCGACUUGUUGGGAUUUGCUCUCAUCUUGCCGCUCUUCCCUUCUAUCCUUGAUUAUUACAGCCAGACUCAGGAUGGAUUCUAUUUGUCUUUGCAACGUGGUGUGGACUGGUUUGCAGUGAUGGUUGGGAUGCCUCCAGAGCGGAAAUACAACAGUGUCUUGUUUGGAGGUCUGAUUGGCUCAAUCUUUUCCAUUCUACAGUUUUUCUCCUCUCCCCUCACCGGAGCUGUGUCAGACUGCUUGGGCAGAAGACCUGUCAUCUUGCUGACAGUGAUGGGUUUGAUAACGUCGUAUGCGCUGUGGGCUGCCUCGAGGACUUUCGGCGUUUUUCUUCUCUCCAGGAUUGUAGGUGGAAUAAGCAAAGGGAAUGUCAGCCUCUCCACAGCUGUCAUCGCUGACUUGAACUCUCCAAAGGCACGGAGCAAGGGCAUGGCGAUGAUUGGUGUUGCCUUCUCCCUUGGUUUUACCCUUGGUCCCAUGAUUGGAGCUUACCUGGCCAUGGAGACAGAGAAAGGAGAAGUCUUCUAUCGUCGCUCAGCGUUGUUAGCGCUCACGUUUGCUGUGGCUGAUUUAAUUUUCAUCUUCUUCCUACUUCCGGAGACGCUUCCCAAAGAAAAACGGGUCUCAUCUGUGACGUCUGGAUUUCAGGCAGCGGUUGACUUGCUCAGUCCUUUGGCUUUAUUUCAGUUCUCUGCAGUCACCCGAGGAAAGGAAUCCCCUUCAGAGGAGAAUCUUCAGAAUCUCAAAACCUUGGGCCUGGCUUAUUUCCUGUACCUCUUCCUGUUUUCUGGCCUGGAGUAUACAUUGAGUUUUCUCACUCACCAGAGAUUCCAGUUCAGCAGCAUGCAGCAGGGCAAGAUGUUUUUCUUUAUUGGAAUAACAAUGGCUGUGAUCCAGGGAGGCUAUGCUCGCCGAAUCAAGCCAGGAAAUGAAAUCAGAGCUGUAAAAAGGGCUAUUAUGGUGCUGAUUCCAGCUUUCUUGUUAAUUGGAUGGGCUGCAAAUGUGACCAUGCUGAGCGUCGGACUGCUGCUGUACUCUUUCGCGGCAGCCAUUGUUAUCCCGUGUUUGUCAGCAGUGGUGUCGGGCUACGGCUCUGCCGGCCAGAAGGGACGUGUCAUGGGCAUCCUGAGGAGCCUGGGCGCCCUCGCCAGAGCCCUGGGACCCAUCCUCUCGGCUACGGUUUACUGGCUGGCAGGGGCAGAGGUUUGCUUCACCGCCUGCGGAGCCUUCUUCCUCCUCCCCUUCCUCCUGCUGGGCUCUAUAAAGCAGCAGACGAAGCAGGAGUAGGCAGUGACCAGCUGUCACCAGCUCCUGAGGGACCUCCACAAGACUGGACUCUUGGCACCUGACCCUGCUGACCCCAUGGGGAGGAGGCUUUUGAUCUUCCAGAAGGGGAUUCGUGAUGACCAUUUGCAGCAUCAUCAGACUUCAGGUUUCUUACGUCCCACCACAAGCAGUUGUUUAAGGCGCUGCCCAGCCAGCACGGCCCGGUUUGGAAAUAGAAAAAACCCACAGAACAGGUAAAUAAAGCAUUACAAUCAUCAGAUGAGCGCUCCAAGCUCCCCCCUGCUCCUCUGCCUUCCUCACCAGCACACGCCUGACCAGAGCCACCACCCAGCACCUCCAUGAAGAGGGCCUCUGGUGCAGGCCAGCAGAGAACAGCUCCACGGGAGCUUCUGCACACCCAUCAGGAGCUCUCCACAGACGCUCAGCAGACCUGCUCUUUCCCCUUCUCUGCCUGAGACCGGCCCCAGGAACCGGCACCUCCCAGCGCUGCCUCCAGCCGCUCAGCCCCACCUCUCCUUUGCUGCUUUCUGCUGCGUGAACGUAAGGCAUUAGUUUUCUGCUAAUUUACCAAUUGCAAUGUUUAAUAAUUGUCCUAAAAAGGUGACUUCGUAUCCUGGUUUGUUACAGACACUUACUGUCUCCCAGGCCGGGUGUCCAUGCUUCCUGCUG